GAGGAAUGCAUUUAGGAGUUGAGCAGGCUGAGGCUGUGAAGCGCUAACGACCAGCUGAACCUUGACUGGAGAUAGCUUAGGCAGCAGGGGCUAGCGGAUGAAAACAUGCCCCAUUUUACAGUGGUGCCGGUUGAGGACAGCGCUCAGUCCAACUAUGACAGUCUGGAGGGAAUAAACUGGGUGGAUUAUAGAGACACAGGGCAGAGCUACCCAGGAAACCUAGAUACUGUUAGUUCUGACGGACUUGGGAAUCAUAAGGAGGACAGUCCGUUUCUCAACAGUGCAGAAUCUGCAGCCAAGAAGAAUGAUUUUUAUGACAGAAACCUGGCGUUGUUUGAGGAGGAGUUGGACAUCCGUCCUAAGGUGUCUUCACUCCUCAGCCGCCUGGUCAGCUACACCAGCAUCACCCAGGGGGCCAAGGAGCAUGAGGAUGCCGAGAGCGCCGGCCCAGCCCGCAACAAGGCACCUAAGUCCCCCAACAUGGGCACCCUGAUGGGGGUGUACCUGCCCUGCCUACAGAAUAUCUUUGGUGUCAUCCUUUUCCUUCGGCUGACCUGGAUCGUUGGGACGGCUGGCAUUGUCCAGUCUUUCCUCAUCGUUUUUAUGUGCUGCUCCUGCACAAUGCUCACCGCAAUAUCUAUGAGUGCUAUAGCCACAAAUGGGGUCGUGCCAGCUGGAGGGGCAUACUUCAUGAUCUCGCGAUCCCUGGGUCCAGAGUUUGGGGGCGCUGUUGGAUUGUGUUUUUACCUGGGAACCACCUUUGCAGCUGCCAUGUAUAUACUGGGAGCCAUCGAGAUCUUCCUGAAAUACCUUGUCCCUCAGGCGGCCAUCUUCCAUGCCACAGACCCUCAUGGGGGUGACAGUGCCAUGCUCAACAACAUGAGGGUGUACGGCACCAUCUGCCUCUGCCUCAUGGGAGUGGUGGUCUUCGUUGGGGUCAAAUAUGUCAACAAGCUGGCUUCGCUCUUCCUGGCUUGUGUCAUCAUCUCUAUCGUGUCCAUCUAUGCAGGGGCAAUUAAAUCCAUCUUCCACCCCCCAGAAUUUCCGAUCUGUAUGUUGGGCAACAGGACGUUGGUCAGAGAUCUGUUUGACGUGUGUGCCAAGACUGUUCUUGUGGGCAACGAGACUGAGCCCACUCAGCUGUGGAAGAACUUUUGCGGGCAGGGAAACAUGAGCAGCUCUCAGUGUGAUGACUACUUCAGCCUCAACAACGUGACGGAGAUCCAGGGCAUUCCUGGCAUGGCCAGUGGCAUCAUUAGAGAUAACAUGUGGGGAGACUACCUGGAGAAAGGGCAGAUGCUAGAGAAAGCAGGUCUGCCCUCAAUGGAUGCACAUGGUGCCAUGGAGAGCUUCGGCCUUUACGUGUCUGCAGACAUCGCUACAUCCUUCACCCUCCUGGUGGGAAUCUUCUUUCCCUCAGCUACAGGUAUCAUGGCAGGCUCUAACAGAUCGGGAGAUCUCAAGGAUGCUCAGAAGUCAAUUCCUGUAGGAACAAUCUUAGCCAUAACAACCACCUCCCUAGUUUAUUUCAGCUCAGUGGUUUUGUUUGGGGCCUGCAUUGAAGGAGUGGUACUGAGAGACAAGUUUGGCGACGCGGUCAAUAAGACCCUGGUGGUGGGCACGCUCUCCUGGCCCUCCCCCUGGGUCAUUGUCAUUGGUUCCUUCUUUUCCACCGUGGGGGCGGGGCUACAGUCCUUGACAGGAGCCCCACGCCUAUUACAGGCCAUCGCCAAGGACAACAUCAUCCCCUUUCUCAGGGUAUUUGGGCAUGGGAAGGCCAAUGGGGAGCCCACGUGGGCUUUGUUACUGACCGGACUCAUCGCUGAGUUGGGCAUCCUCAUCGCCUCGCUAGACAUGGUGGCACCAAUCCUCUCCAUGUUCUUCUUGAUGUGCUAUCUGUUCGUGAACUUAGCCUGCGCAGUUCAAACCCUGCUCAGGACACCCAACUGGAGGCCCAGAUUUAAAUAUUACCACUGGGCUCUGUCUUUCCUAGGCAUGAGCAUGUGUCUGGGGCUGAUGUUUAUCUCCUCCUGGUACUAUGCAAUUGUGGCCAUGGGCAUCGCUGGCAUGAUCUACAAGUACAUCGAAUACCAGGGAGCUGAGAAAGAGUGGGGAGAUGGGAUCAGAGGCUUGUCUUUAAGUGGAGCACGCUAUGCCCUUUUGCGGCUAGAAGCAGGACCCCCACACACUAAAAACUGGAGGCCCCAGGUGCUUGUCCUGCUAAAGCUGGAUGAGGACCUUCACGUGAAGUACCCUCGCUUGCUUACUUUCGCCUCCCAGCUGAAGGCAGGCAAAGGCCUGACCAUUGUGGGCUCCGUCAUCCAGGGCAACUUCCUGGACAGCUAUGGGGAGACGCAGGCUUCGGAGCAGGCCAUCAAGAACAUGAUGGAGAUCGAGAGAGUCAAGGGCUUCUGCCAGGUGGUGGUGGCGUCCAAGGUGCGAGAGGGCAUCACCCACCUGAUCCAGUCCUGUGGUUUGGGGGGUAUGAAACACAACACAGUGGUGAUGGGCUGGCCCUAUGGGUGGAGGCAGAGCGAGGACCCACGCGCCUGGAAGACCUUCAUUAACACAGUCCGUUGCACCACAGCUGCCCACCUGGCCCUCAUGGUGCCCAAGAAUGUGUCCUUCUACCCCAGCAAUCACGAGCGCUUCACCGAUGGGACCAUCGACGUGUGGUGGAUUGUCCAUGACGGAGGCAUGCUCAUGCUGCUGCCUUUUCUGCUCAAACAGCACAAGGUUUGGAAGAAAUGCAAGAUGCGUAUCUUCACCGUGGCUCAGAUGGAGGACAACAGCAUCCAGAUGAAGAAGGACCUGGCAACCUUUCUUUACCAGCUGAGGAUUGAGGCAGAGGUGGAGGUGGUGGAGAUGCAUGACAGUGACAUCUCAGCGUACACGUACGAGCGCACGCUAAUGAUGGAGCAGAGGUCCCAAAUGCUGAGACAGAUGAGAUUGUCCAGUGCAGAGAGAGAUAGAGAGGCUCAGCUGGUGAAGGACAGACACUCCCUGGUGCGUAUGGGCAGUUUGUACUCGGACGAGGAGGAGGAAGUGGUAGAACCCAUUCCAGAUAAGAUUCAGAUGACCUGGACCAGGGAGAAAUGUGAAGCUGAGAGGAGGAACAGAAACAAUGCCCCGGAGAACUUCCGAGAACUCAUUAGUCUCAAACCAGACCAGUCCAACGUCCGCCGAAUGCACACGGCUGUGAAGCUUAACGAAGUAAUCGUAAACAGAUCUCAUGACGCUCGUCUAGUCCUGCUCAACAUGCCUGGGCCUCCACGGAACACAGAUGGGGAUGAAAACUACAUGGAGUUCCUAGAAGUGCUGACCGAGGGCCUAGAGCGAGUGCUGCUGGUGAGAGGGGGAGGACGAGAGGUCAUCACUAUCUACUCUUGACCUGACACGAAAAAGGCCAAUUUGAGGGUCAUUACACUGCCCACACAGGAAAACAUUCCAUCCUCUAUCUCCUGCUGUUUUCCACAUACCCUUGUUAUCUUUCUUAGGAAAAUGUUAGGGAAAGACUGACAUUGUGACAAUCCAUUGUAGGUUGUGGACAACAAAAGGUAAAAAAGGUCUUCCUAAUUUAAGUAAAUUAGACAAUAUUUUGUCAACUUUUGGCUAAAAAACUGAUGUUUUUUUAUAUUAUGGACUUUGUAAUCAGUGAUAGCUUGAAAGACCACAGACCUUUUCUUGGUGAUCCAUGCGACCAUAUUUAAGUAGAGUGUCAAAUGAUUCCUUUUUCUUAAUGUUACAAUUGUGGAAAAUAACUUGUAUUUAUUUUCUUAUUUAUUUUCUCAACCUUCCCCUAUGAAGUAAGAGAUUCAGAUUGUAGAUAAUGACAGUUACAGUUGGGAUACAUUCUGCAGAAAAUACUUUAUAAAUGUGGAUGACAUUAAUCAUA